UAAGGAUUAAAACCUGUAAAUGCUUCCAAUAGCUAGCUACCUAGUUUCUGUCUCUUUUUGGCUUUCGAGACGGUGCCGUCUCUCUUCAACCUUCAGCGCUUGUACUUGCCCCACGAACCUGUUGUCUCGCCACCUCGCUCCCACGCACAUACAAAGAAACCCGACAAGAUUGGCCGAUGUUUCUUUUCCUUCCCCUCACUGCCUGCAUGCCUGCCAAACAUACACGACCGACCACACUAUAAACAGCAUCAUUUGCCUACCAGCCAGCGGAUGGACAAUAUCCUGAUGAUGCGAGGCUUGCGGCCCGCUCUCUCGCGGCUGCGACGGCUCGCAUUGGUUGCACAAAGGAAAAAAACAGCGAAAGCCAUGUG